GAUACGGCCUCGGCAUUUCCUGGCAAACAGAUUUAAUAUCUUUGCAUUCCUACAUCAUACUGAAUUCAUCUUGCUUCAUAGAUAAUAAUAAAGAAGCAACAUGGAUUCUGACGAUCAGGGUCAGUUAGUGCCAAGUGCUGCUUUAUUACUGAUUAUUGGUGAACCUUUUUCCGAAGAUCAGAAAACGCUUAUUCUUGCAGAAAUCACAAAAGGAUUUCGAUGCUGGGAUGUGGAAGAUACAGGUAUCAACAUUAAUGAGGAGUUAGCACAGAUUGCCAAUCGGGCAUCACUUGGUGAAGAGGGUGCAAGUGCCAGCUGCAAGCCAGGGGAACGAUUCAUUCAGCAUAAUUCAGAUAACUUGGCAGUUGAGAUUUUGAUCAACCCAUUAUCACAGUCUGUCAAAAAUUCUAUUAAGAAACUUCUCAUAGCACAAGCACCAACAAAAUAUAUAAUCUAUGCUGGUCAUGCAUUUCAAGGCACUGGUGCUUGGGUCCUUCAAGAUGAUACAUUUGCAUUCAGCAACUUGGCACAGGUUUUCAAAAACGUGGAUGUGGAGAAUGCACUCAAGCAGAAUAUUGAAGCUAACCUGACCAUCCACACUCUGGCAGACACCAACUGGGGAACUUGUAUCAGUAGAGCUGACUUCACCAACCACCUAAGGAUUCAGCUCAACCCUCCUGAGAAGCUUGACAACAUCCAUGGUGUUUUGCAGUUUACUGCCUAUGUAGGAAGCUUUGUUAAAGUGGUACCUAUUACCAACUUGCUUCAGGCUUCUGAACAAUUUGGAAACAUCAGUUUCACUCGACCAACUCUGUAUAUUUUUCCUGGAUGUCAAGGGGACUCUGCUUUGUUUGGAAUUAAUGGCUUUAAUUUGCUUGUAAAUGGGGGCUACAAUAGAAGAGCUUGUUUCUGGGACUUUGCUAGACAUCUGGAUAGGGUAGAUGCCAUGCUAAUGACACACUUGGGUACUGAUAAUAUUUUUGGUUUGAAUACUGUUAUCCAGAGGAAAAGUUUGGAGAAUAUUCAUCCACAGAUAGGUUAUUUAUAUUUUAAUGUUCUAGAUAAGAUUGGGUCUCUAGCUGUUGAUGGGGAGGGAGAUGGUGGUGCUAAUAAAACUCCAAGCUUACUUAUAAACCUUGCAGAAGAAGCCAACAAAAUGACCCAGAUGGCUAAAAUGUUAGGUAUAAGUCCACAGCCAUGCACCCGUAACCCUGCCAGUGUUAACAGUGAACCUGUUAACCUGUAUCAUAAGUUAGGGCAUGGAUCUUUAGACAUGUAUGUUCUCAAUCCUGUUGCAGACACCAAAGAACUGAAAGAGUUUUAUCAAGCCUGGAGCAAGCAAUCUGCCAACUUAGGGACCAGUGGCAUUUUCCCGCUACAAAACGUGUUAUCAGUUUGUACACUGCUUGUUUGGAAACCUUACAAUUUAGAUGAGAAAAUAGUGAGAAUAUUUUUUCCAGGCAAUGCUCCUCAGCACAAGAUUAUUGAAGGUUUGGAGAAGAUGAAAAAUUUUGGAUUCUUAAAAUCUGCCACAUGUACAUCUAGAGAUCUGAUUAAACCACCACCUGUCAAAAAGCCAGUUGGAGGAUCAGCAAGACCAGCCAGUAGCUCAGGAAGGACAACAACAAAAGCUUCUACUUCUAAAUCUGAAAGUGGGAGAGGCUUUAACACAACCCGGGUAGAAUCUCCCCGCAAGUUGGAGCCCAAGGCCCCAAUACCAAAGCCUGAAUCUCGAACUACCUCACCAACUAAACCUGUCAAGGCUAUCAAAGAGGAAAAUAAUAAAAAGACAGCCAAAGCAAAAGAAAAGGCAGAGGUCAAAGAAAAACCCAAAGCUGAUGAUGUCAAAAAUAAAAGAGAUGAAACAAAAGCCAAACCUGCGUCAAGACCAGCAUCUGCUGCAGCCAAGGCCCCGUCUCCAACAAAGUCACCCUCCAAGUCACCCUCACCUCCUAAAACACCUCUCAAGUCUCCUACCAAAACCAGAUCUCCAACCCGUUCAGUGACAUCUCCAUCUAAAACAAUUACGGAACCCCCACAACCUCUAGUCGAAUUGUCAAAACCCCCUGAAGAAAUUCAAGUGGAUCAAAAACCAGAAGCUGAUGCUAUUAAAGCUAUGAAUGCGCUAAAUGACACCGCCUCACUUGUUAAGGAAAAUAACAGUUCUGUUGAUCCAGAAACAUGCAAUGAACCUGUAUCAUCUUCUGUGGAUAAAUGUAAAGAUGGGGACCUAAUCAAUCAUCACUCUUUUCAUCAGAAUGGGGUAGACAACUCAGAGGAGGAAGAGAUCAAGCCUCAGGCUUUACCUGAGCCACCUGUCAUUAUAGAAUCUCCAAGCCAAGAAUCUGAUACUCUACCUGACUAUAGCUCUAAAAUUGAAUCUGAUGAGCAAGAGCUGUCUGAAUUUAGUCGCGCUGAAGAGGAACUUAAAGAAAUAGAAAAUUCAUUUGCAGAUCCAGCACAGGAGAUUCCAUCUUCCCCAGAACCUAUUCCAGAAGAAUUGCAUGAAUUUCAGUAUCCAUCUGCAGUAGAACCGCCCUCAGGCUUUGAAACUCCUGUAUUUACACAUGAAGUGUUAGAUCCUGCCCAGCCCUCAAUGGAACAGAACAUUCAAUAUGGUAUAGAUGAUUUGAUGAAAGGAAGGGAUAUGGGAGGAAUUCAGGAAGUGGAUGAAGAGCAAGAUGAAGAAGAUGAAGUUCAAGUGUCCAGUAAUCAGGAUAUCAAUCUUGAAAAAAGUAACCAAGAAAAAUCAGAAGAUAAUGAGGAAAGGGAUGAGGAAGAUGAAGCCGCCAGUGCAAGUGAUAGAGCAUCUGUUGAAAGACAAUUUGAAGAUGUUGAGGAUGUCAGCACCUCUAAUCAGGUUGAAGAACAGUUAGAUGAAGGGAUAGUAGAAGAUGACCAGUCAUCAUUACCAGCUGCAUUUGAUAGAGAUUCAAGUCCAGAAAAUGGAGACAGAGAUUCACUUGAUGGUGAGGCGCCAGAUGAUGACAAGGACAUUGAUGAAACUUCCGUCACUCAGAAAGUUAAUGGAGUGCAUGAGCAUCAAACUGAAGAUUCUAAGUCAUAUGAGGGAGGGGUUAAUAAAUCUAUUGAAAGUAAUUCUAGUCAUGUACCUAGUGAUAGUGAAGAUGGAGAGUUGUUUGAUCCUGUUCAGAAAUGGGGACCUCCAAUGGGAUUGCCAUCUCCACCAGUUAGUGAGAGCACAUCGCCUCAGAAAUCCAGCCGGCCAGCCACAGCAAGUAAAGCAAGCAAGCCAGCAGCUGCCACCAGUCGCAAUGGAUCAGAUCCUAAAAAACGUCCAGCAACUGCCCCAGCCACAGCUAGAAGUGGAGCAACACGUGCUACCAGUGCAAAGAGGCCAGGGACUGGGUCAAGUAGAUCUUCACCGCUGACUUCAAAGACCCCGCCACUGCCACCGAUGACAGCUUUUUAUGUUGAUCUGACGUACAUACCUAAUCAUGGAGACUCAGCUUAUAGUGAUGCAGAGUUUUUCAAGAGAGUUAGGGCCCGUUACUACGUUCUUAGUUCCAUGUCACCCAAUCCUCAAAUACUAGACUGUUUGAUGGAAGCAAAAGCCACAUGGGAGCAGAAAGAUCUUGAAGUCACCCUCAUUCCAACUUAUGAUAAUGAAACACUUCGUCACUGGGUGGGUUUAAAUAAAGAAAAAUUGCAAGAGCUUCGUAUUGAUUUGACCCCAGCAGUCAGUCGCUGCACUAUUCAAUUGCAGGAUUUGGAGACCAGUCUGCCAGCAUACAGACUUGAAGUUUAAAAAAAUGUAUUUCAGAAAUUGAUGAGACCAAUGCUUUAUGCUUGUGUUUAUUUAAUACCUUUGUGCUAUAGAUAUUUUUUAGAGUAACUAAUUUAGACUGGCAUAUGUUGUUUAGUGUAGCUAAUUUUAGUACUUUUAUAAUAACAGUUCAGUGACAUUUACCAGAUCAAAUAUUACAUUAUACUAUUUCAUGCUAGAAUGUUUUUAAGCAGGUGCACCCUAAUAAGUAUUUUAAAAAUAUUUUUAACAGGAAUAUGAAUUGCUUUGUACACUGUUAAGUUUGUGAAGGAAAUUUAAAUGUGUCCUUGUUAUAAUAUAUUUAGUGGCUCAGUAUUUUGGAAAAUGCUCAGAUCAGCUUAAAAAUAGGUUUAACAACUUCAGUUUGUAAAAAUGCAGUCAUUUUAAAUAACUUGAUUUGAUAAAAACUGCUAAAUGGUCAUAGUAGUUUUUGUUUACCAACAUGACAAAAAAUUGUAGUGGGUGCUUUACCAAUAGUUUCUAGCUUCUUAAAAGCAAUGAUUUUAUUUUAGAAGAGGGAGUUUAUUUAAGCAUUGUAAAAGACUUGUACCAUAAAUACAACAUAUUCAUGCUGCAUUUUGAAUGUGUAUACAUUAACAAACAUGCAUAGACAUUUUCCUAUUCAUGCACUUGUCUUUCAUUCAUACUUUCUUGAUACGCAUUUUGUUGUUUAUGAAAUGACAUGUUUCAUCAUACUCUUUAUCUUACAUCUUAUAAAAAUACUUUAUGGUAAAAUAAGUAAGUUAGCUGUGGAAAUUCCAAAUACAAGUAUUUUAUUUGACCAUUCUGAAUGUACUUAAAGUUUUAUGCCAAACUUGGGAUGUAUUGUUAAUCUAAACCUCUUUCCAUAUGCAAAACUAUCUCCUGUUUUUCCAUGCUGCUUUUUAGGUGGUAAUGGAUAAAAACUGAAUACUUUUUUAUGGCUCAGAUUUGUUGUUUCCUCAUAGUAUUUACUAAAUAAAUAUUUUUUUACUUAUGUUUAUUUAGCUGGAGAUAGAAAAUUCAUUCAUAAUAAAUAUCCAGUAUUUUAUUUUAGUAUUAUGUUAGUAAAGCUGAUUUUUUUAAAAAUAUUAUGUUAAAGUAAAAAAAAAAUUGUAUUUUUGCUAGCUAUGUUUCAUUCAAGCUGUGUAUUGUAUUUUUAAUUUAAAAUUAGUUUUGCAAAAAUACUAACAACAUUAGUAAAAUAUUAUUUUUUAAAAUGCAUACAUUAGUUUUUAUUUCUUUUUAUAUAAUUUGUUUUUGUAAUUUCAAUUAAUGUAGUGAGAAGUAUUUGAAAUUAUCUUUUUUAAAUUGAUGCAAUACUGUCUAUGUAGAAAUGUAUUCCCUGCAAUCAUAUAAUUUAUGAAAGUUUUGUGAUAGUUGUAACUACAAAUUUAAGCCUUUUGUGAUUCUGUUAGCUGAAAUGGUUAAAAUUAUUCUACUUCAGGUAUCCUCAGGAAAAGGUCUUCCUGAGAUGAGUUUUUCUAUCUUUCUGUAAAGUGAUUUUACAUACAAAUUUUCUAGUAAUUUUGUAAUUCUUAUGUAGUUUGAAUUUGUAUUAAAUGUCCAAAGGGGACUGUAUAUACAUAAUGUCUCAACAAAAUGCACAAAGCACUCUUAAUGUCAGUACAAGCAAAUAUCAAACAACCGUUUAAAAUGGAAUCUCUGGAAUUUCCCAUCUCCACUGAAAUCAUUUAUGGGCUUUUAAACAAUACAAUCUUUCAGCGUUAUAUUUUUUUGAAGUGUAAUUUUAUAAUUUUUGUUUAUUUAUUCUGAAUUUCCUAAUAAAAAUAUUUACUGCCAAAGCUGUUAUAAAUUAUAAUUUAAACAAAACUUUUUUUUGCUAUGUAAUUUACCAAUCAAAUGUGCAUCUUUUCAUUUAACACGUCCAGUAAUCCUAGUUUCACUAAUGUUAAACUAUUUUUGUAUUAGUAGAAGUUUCUUAUUUUUUACUUUGUAUUGUUUUUCUGUGACUAUUAGUAUGAACCUAAUCCUUUCAUUCCUUAUCCUUUGGCUACUAAUAAUUGGCUGUGUUUUCUAAUAGCAUCAAAUAAUUGUUGACAGAUGUUGGUUUAUCAGCUGUUCCCCUUGUCAGCUUGUUCAACCCUGUAUUGUUUAAAACUGUCUAGAGUUUGCAUUGUUGUCAAGCUGCAUCUUAUGUUUUGUGUACUUUCAAUAAAUCAAUGUGCAGUUUA